AUUUGUACCAUAUUAUGUGUUAUACAUUACACUAUGGAUUAUUAUGUUUAUAAAAAUUGUUGAAAUUGAUUUUGAAAUGUAACAUAUAAUGGAAUCAUUGGUUUCGGAUCAUGAUUCCAUAGAUUUAAAUCUCGAAAAGGAAGAUUCUGCAUUUGUGUCUCAAAAUGACAAGUAUUUCUAUUUAAAAAACAAAUCGCAAAUCUUAGAAACAAAUGAGUGUGGAAUUGUUAACUCAUAUUCAUUGCCAGAACAGUGUAUAUGUAUACGGAGAAGUAACCAUGAUGUUUAUUUUUCAGCCAGAAACAAUCUUUUCAAGUUAUUGGAGGACGGAACAUUCGGAGAAAAGAGGUUCAGGGAGAGGAUUCUGGAUUUUCUACCGCUUCGCUCAAAGUACCCCUUAUUGGUACUAAUUUCCAAGAAACUCAAGAAACUUCAGCUUAGAUUCGGCGAGAAAAUUAUUGUUUUGGAAGAGUAUAAUGACCGUUGUGACUCCAAGGUUCUGUACCUCGACCUCUUCUAUGAAACAAGUUACAAUACUAGUGAAAAUGUUAAUACUGGAAGUAAGAAAAGAAAAAUCUGUGAAAAUCGUGUAAAGAAUAUUAGUUUAGCAGUUUGUGUCUACAAAACCUCAUCUGAAGUUAAGUACUGCUUAGUUGAAGUUGAAGAUAACGUUAUUAAAUUAUUAAAACACGAUUUGUUGACAGAUGAUUUAAAUGUGACAGUCACUAAGGCCCUGCUAUCCGAAGAUAUCCUUGCUCUUUCUAGUGACUUUUUCCUUCUUUUCUCAAAGGAUAAAGAUACACAAGAUUAUCCUUUUUCUCACAAUAUUCCUCAACUGAAUGUUUCUAAAAAGUAUAACUUGUUCUUUAAAGAGUUUGACUUUGUUAGACUAGUAAAUGACUACAUAGUAUGUACUGUUAAGAUACUUGAAAAUGGACUCAAUUUCAACUUUUAUGAGCUUUACUCUGAAACCCAUUUUCAUAACUUUACUCUUAAAUUGGAUUACACCGUUAAACAUAUUCAUUCAAUGAUGUAUGAUGGAAUGUAUAAGAUAUUGAUACAAGAUGAGGAGUUGAACUUUCUGGUGGUGUCAUUCUACGGAGAACUUCCCACGGAAACCAUUUCUUACUACGACCACUACCAAACAUUCCCAGAACCUACUGAUUAUUUAGAACUCGAGGCGUUGAUUGACUCGUCUGAGGUGGUAAUCACAAAUAAACUCGUAGAUCACAUCAUCAGCAAUAAACUCCAAACUUGUGCUAAAAAGAUACUCAAGUGCAUUCAUUUGCCCGAAACUGGAGCUGUAAAGCUGAUAAAAAAUGACAUGUCACUCCUUGAUGAUUUUUUAUUACACACUACAGGGUCGGAUGAGGGGUUUAAAAGGGCAUUUAAAAGCGAAAUUGACGGAGUCACUUUCAAAGUUAUGUUAAGUAAUCUUUUGGAAAGAAUAUCAGAAAAUGAAUUGGAAAGAGAAACAAAGGUCAUGAAAAAGGUUAUAAAGAUCAUAAAUGCUCUAUUGGAUGCUAAAGUCAUGGAGCAAAAGGACUUCGAUGAGGAAAUGAUAAAAAAGCUACAGGAACUCGUAGAUGGAUGUCAAAAGGAACACUUGGAUCUCCAAAGCCUCUUGAGCUACACAAACACACUUUUAGAUAACAAAUUCAAACACAAUACAAAUCAACUCAUUACAACAAUGGAUAUAUCAUUAGAUUAAUUUUUUAUCAACAAAUA